UUAUUGCUGCAACACUGCACAGCUGUUGUUUUGUUUUUGUGUUUUUGUGCUGUUUUUUGAUAAAAGUAAAUAAAUAAAAUGAAAAAGGUGUUGGUAACAGGCGGCACAGGCUUAGUAGGCAAAGCGCUGCAAGCUAUUAUUAAGGAACAACAGCCAAGCGAUGAGGAAUGGUUUUUUGCCGGCAGCAAAGAUGCGGACCUAACUAAUGCAGCUGCCACGCAAGCAUUAUUUGAUAAAGUUAAACCGACUCAUGUGAUACACUUGGCUGCCAUGGUGGGUGGACUAUUCCAUAAUAUGAACAACAAUUUGGAUUUCUUGCGCAAUAACCUGCUGAUCAACGAUCAUGUGUUGCAAACUGCACAUGAACAUGGCUGCCACAAGGUUGUCUCCUGUCUCUCCACAUGCAUUUUUCCCGACAAGACCACUUAUCCCAUAGAUGAAACUAUGGUGCACAACGGACCACCGCAUAGUUCCAAUUAUGGCUACUCGUAUGCCAAGCGCCUAAUCGAUGUGCAGAAUCAUGCGUAUUAUGAUAAGCAUGGGCAUUUAUUUACCUCUGUGAUACCCUGUAAUAUAUUUGGACCGCACGACAAUUACAGACCAGAGGGGCAUGUUAUACCAGGCAUGAUAAGUCGCAUGUAUGAGCUGCGCCAGCAACAGCCAGAGCUGCCCGAGGAGCAAAAGGUGUUUACAGUCUAUGGCAGUGGCAAGCCGUUGCGGCAGUUUAUCUACUCCUUAGAUCUGGCCAAGCUGAUGAUCUGGGUGCUAAGAGAGUACCAGAGCGUGGAGCCCAUUGUGCUGAGUGUGGAUGAGGCAGCGGAAGUUAGCAUCUAUGAAGUGGCUGAGGCUAUAGCUGCUGCAUUUAAGUUUAAGGGUCAACUGAUUUGUGAUACCAGCAAAGCUGAUGGACAGCAUAAGAAGACCGCGUCUAAUGCCAAGUUGCGCGCACUUUUGCCAGAUUUUGAAUUCACAGACUUCAAAAGCGCCAUACAAUCUUCAGUGCUUUGGUAUAUUGAAAACUAUGCAGCAGCUAGAAAUUGAAUUUGGAAAAUAAAAAUGCACA